AAUAUACAGCAGCAGGCGUUGUUAGGGUCGGGAUCGAACCCACGACCUCCUGCGUACCAGGCGACGUAGUUAACAUCUCCACGGAGAGACACGCAGACUCCAAAUAUACAGCAGCAGGCGUUGUUAGGGUCGGGAUCGAACCCACGACCUCCUGUGCACCAGGCGAGGUAGUUAACAUCUCUAAGCCACCGUGGUUCUCUCUUGUGCAGGAGAUGAGGAGAUCUCCUCGGUUGUCAUGGGGACGCUGUCACGGAAACGGAAACUCACGGAAACCCUGGACAAUUUUCGCCACAAGACAUCUCUGCUGGACUCCGAGUGUGGUGUUGCCGCACGGAUGGAUUGCGCCAUCCCAUCGGUGGGCUCCACCUGGUCGAGCACCACGGACGACUCGUCCGAUGAGGAGGGACCACCUUUGCCUCUCCGAGCCCAAGAUCCCAGAUUCAGCUCAGACCUCCUGUCUCCCACGCCGCCUCUGCCCAUCCGACUCCACUGCUCCCCUCGCUCCGAUCCCACAGAUCCCGCCGAUCCUAUUAGUCGCGUAGGUCCCGCCGACGUUGAUCCCACCGAUCGUCUCGUCGGUCACGCCGAUUCCAUUGAUCCCGCCGAUAUUGACCUCAUUGAUCCCACCGAUAAUAUCGGUCUCGUCAUCGAUCCCAUCGAUCUCAUCGAGUCCGCCGAUCUCUUUGAUCCCGACGAUCCGAUGGAGCUCAUCGAUACCUGCGGCACCAUCGCCCCCGGUGAUCCGCGCGAUCCCUCGGAGUGCCUCGAUCCCACCGGGCCGAUCGAUCGCGAAGCCUCCGAGGGGACGACACAGAUGAGCCCCUUGGGCUUUAUUGAUCAGCCCUGCGGGGCCAUUGAUCCGCGCGGGACCUCCGAUCGCGUCGAUCGCUCCCAUGGCCUUGAUCCCACCGGUGAAACCGAUCCUGAUCCCUGGUGUCUACCGGGUCCCCAUAGUCCGGCUCUCCAGGGCGGGGAUGCGGGGGGGGUGAGGGAGACUCCUCUGAGCGCCGAGUGCGGCUCGGACGCGUGGAGGCUGUGGGUGGCCGAGACGCGGCGACGGAGACCACGCGGGGAACACGCGGAGACCACGUGGAGGGGGAGACACGCGGAGGAGGAGGAGGAGGACGCGGUGUGUGCAGACCGUGUCUCGGCGUGUCUCUCCAAGGAGCUCUGCGUCGGCCUCUGCCGCUUCCUGCGGGAGGCCAGGAGGCCGAGUGGCCGCGAGUACUCGGCAGACAGCCUCUACUACCUGUGCGUGUGCAUACACAAGCACCUGGGCGACUGCGGCAGGCAAGACAACAUCUUCACCGACGCGUGUUACUCGGACUUCCAGCUGCGUCUCAGCGAGACCCUCAGCUCCAACGGCCCAUGGCCGUCGUCGCGCGUCUGCGAGGAGCACCUGUGGGCGAGCGGCCUGAUGGGCCUCCAUUCCCCGUGGUCUCUCCUCUUCUCGCUCCUCUACUACCUCGCCUGGGGCUUCCAGCUGCACUCCCCGACGCAGCACGGGCGCCUCUCCACGCGCUCGCUGCUCGUGCGGUCCGCUCCCAACUCCUCCUCCUCUUCACGCUCCCGGCCCACCGGGGACUCCGCUGGGAGGGCUCUCGCCUACCGAGGGAGCGGAGCGGACGCGGGGAGCGACGUAGCAGGAAUUAUGUCGGAAAAUCUCUGGGAUCGUGAGCGUUGUCCGGUCCGCAUUUACGAAACCUACCUCUCCAAAAUCCCCCCCUCGUCCUGCUGUGCCAGCGAGGGGGGGCCCCCCGGCCCCCUCUACUUGACCCCCCUGGACUCUCCGCCGGGGGAGGCUCCCUCCUCCACCUCUCCGUGGUUCUCCUCUACUCCGCUGGCGGCCCCCUCCCUGCGCUCGCUCCUCUCCCGCGCGCUUUGUGCCCGCCCCUCCUCCCUCCUCGCCCACAAAACCAGCCACACCACCAGCCACACCACCACCCACCCAAUCACCCAUCCAACCACCCACCCCACCAGCCAAAACACCACCCACCCAAUCACCCACCCCACCACCCACCCUACCAGCCAAAACACCACCCACCCCACCGCUCACCCCACCGCUCACCCCACCACCCACCCCACCACCCACCCCAUCACCCACCCCACCACCCACCCCACCUCUCACCCCACCACCCACCCCACCACCCACCCCAUCACCCACCCCAUCACCCACCCCAUCACCCACCCCACCACCCACCCCACCACCCACCCCACCUCUCACCCCACCACCCACCCCACCCAGGACCUCUCCUCUAGGGGGGCCAGGGCCAGAGGGAGGGGAGGGAGGGGCAGAGGUAGGGGCAGGGGCUUGGUGGGCAGGCCCCCACGACGGGGCAGGGGGCGAGGGAGGGGCCGGGCUCGAGGCGGUGAUGGUGGUGCCGGUGGUGGAGAUGGUGCCGGAGGUGGCGAUGGUGGUGGUGGUGGUGGUGAUGGUGCCGGUGGUGGAGAUGGUGGUGGUGGUGCUGGUGGUGAUGGUGCCGGUGAUGGUGGCAAUGGUGGUGAUGGUGCCGGUGGUAGUGAUGGUGCCAGUGGUGGAGAUGGGGGCGAUGGUGUCGAUGGUGGUGAUGGUGCCGGUGGUGUCGAUGGGCGUGAUGGUGGCGAUGGUGGUGAUGGUGCCGGUGGUGUCGAUGGUGUCGAUGGUGUCGAUGGUGGUGAUCGUGGCGAUGGCGAUGAUGACGAUGAUGCUGAUGAGAUGUUGCUAGAGUUUAGGAGCUCCGGUGGCUACGAAUGUGAAGAAUCAGACAGUGAAUGAGUCCAGAGAGUCAGGGAGACCGGGACUCAGGUUCUAUAGACACUGGGAGACUGGGUUCUCAGGUUCUAGAAGUUCUGGGUUCUCAGGUUCUAGAGACACUGGGAGACUGGGUUCUCAGGUUCUAGAAGUUCUGGGUUCUCAGGUUCUAGAGCCUGAAGUCUCUGUGGGUUCGUUUGCCGCUGCUGCUGUUGUGGCGAUUCGUGAGGCCGUCUGUGUGCGUCACUUUUUAGUGGGAGGGGGGGGGAGAUGCUUCUUCCUCCUCACCCAGGCCGAGGGGGUUCAUGGUCACGAUGGGGAGGAAGGGGUGGGCAUGGGUAUUUGGGGAUGGCUAGGGGUAUAGUUUGGAAGGCGUAGCGGUGGAUAGGGGUAUGGGUUGUUAGGGGUA